AUGUGUGGUUUGUGGGGGUGGUUAGGUGUGGGGGGUUGGGGGGGUUUUGGUGGUGGGUGGGGAAAGGGUUUGGGCCUGGGUGGGGGUCCGGGGGGUUUGGGGUUUUGGGGGGGGUCUGGGGGGGUUGGUGGUUUUGGGUUGGUAGGGGGGGCGGGGUUUGGGGGGCGGGGUGCCUGGCUUGGGGUGGUUUGCCGGGGUCGGUCGGCCUGUGGUCGGGCCCCUGGCGGGGUCGUGUGGGUGUGGUUUUAUGCGGGGUGGGGUCGUGUGGGGUAG